CGCGCAUCGCUCGUGUUUGGGAAAUUUGCCAUUGGGGCUGAGAUUUAGUAGAAGGAGAUAGAGACCAGCUGAAGUGAAAACGCGGUCGAGCACAGGCAAGUAAAACAGGAUCCCUGAGGAAGGGCGCUGAUCGAAUUUGCGGCCGAAAGGAAGAAAAUGGCACGCCAGUUCGAGCCCUACGUCCUGCUCGGCUUCACGGACGAAAGGGUCGUUGAGAGGACGCGUUCUGCCGUCAACUUCACCACCAACAAGAUCGGAGGCACGCCUGACUGGCACCAAGACAAGGACCUGCCGCUUACCAAAUGCAAAUUGUGCGGCACAAACCAGACACUGGUUGUGCAGAUUUUCGCGCCCCUCGAUGGCUCUGAGUACCUACGCACCCUCUACUUUUUCGCUUGUCCUCAACCACAAUGCUGGAACCGGCCUGAAAGCUGGAUGUGCAUCCGACAACAAACCCUGAGCCAAACAAAACCUGACAAGCUGUCUGGAGCAGCACAAACCGCCACCAUCAGCAGCACAAGCUGGGCUGACGAUGCUGACAACUGGGGCACUGACUCUGACGAUGAUGAGAAAAGUGUUCCAUCGGUUGAUCAGGAAAAUGGAAAUAUAAUUUUCCAAAUCCCUCAAAACGCACCUGAAGGCUCUGAUACAGAUGACGAGUCAAGCAGCGUGGAGGAGCUGAGUGAUCCAAACGCAAAUUCCGGCGGCGCUGAGGGCGCAUUUGCCAUUGAGUUCAACAGCAAAUGCUCAGUGGCAACUGCCGAGAUAGAAACCGGCGACGAAAGUGAUAUUGUCUCCAUUGAUACACCCACACAACCGCGGCAACUAGCUGAGAUCUUCUCAUACGCACCGUUGCCGCCGCAUGCUCACCAUGAGUUCGCCUGCAGCUUCAUCAGCGUAGCUGAAGAAAAGUUUGACACCCAAAGAGGGGCCAAAAUCACUGAGCACGAACUGUCGCUGCUGCAGGCUUACCAACAGAGUGAACUGGGUGGCGGAGAUGUUCAAAUCGACGUCAGAAAAAUGAAGGUGGAAGUGGCUGGUGGAGCUGAAACCACAGGAGAGCAAUACGAACAAGAUCUGCCUUCCCAUGGUGAUGCUUAUGCUCAUCGAUUUCUCUCACGACUGAAGCAAAACUCAGGACAAGUGAUUAGGUAUGGGCUCGGUGCUGACCCGAUGUUACUCAAACCCUUGUCCAAACAAAAGAUGCGCUGCACACACUGUGGCUCUGAUCUCGUCUUUGAAAUGCAGCUGAUGCCUCCGCUGCUAAAUUCUCUGAGCCUUCUGCAUGAUGCUGAGAGAAUGGAUGUCCUUGAUUUUGGCACGGUGAUUGUUUUCACAUGUCCGUCGGCCUGCUGGGACCAACGUGGUUUUCAGGAGGAGCGACUCGUCGUCCAGGCUGAGUGAAUUUUCCCAACUCCAUUUUCAUUUGCUCAAAGAGAGGCGAACUUUGAUUACUCAAGGGGCAGCAAAACACCAGCUUGAUUAAGUAAUUUUUAAAAUGCACCUGUUAUCAGCUCAAUUUGAAAAAUGUCAUAAGAGAUUUUACCUCGGAAGUUUUUUAUGGUCCUAUGUUGUGUAAGUUUUAUCCAGUUUUUAACUCUUCAAAUAUAAUUGUCAGAAUUUCAUUGAGUUUGAGAGAACAAGAAUUUUUAAUUCAGCACUACAAGACCACAAUUAAUAUUAAUAUUUUGUACAUGCCACAAUGAGCUGCCCCUGUAUUAUACAAUUUUAUUGAUUCUUAAAUGUUCUUUACGGUAGCGAGAACAUAUCACUCGACAAUGAAGAGUAGGAUUUCUAAAAUUUUAGCCAUAAUCCACCGAAUGGUCUCUGGUCACUUUUUCGCAUUUAAUAUAGUCGUUAAUUGAUAAUUCACUGAUAAAGUACAUCAUUUGCCUCAUCUUUACUUAUUUAGCUUAUGUGCACAUGAGUAUGCACCAAAAAUACAUAAUAAAUAUAAUGAUGACGCAGACAGGUUGUGCUGAGAUUUUUACCUUCAAUGACGGAACGAAUGCAAGCACAUACGAGUUGUGAUACUUGUGUAAUAUUGUGGGGAUAUCUGUUGAAACUCGAGAAAGGCAUAUUUACAAGAAAGAGAGAGAGAGAGAGAGAGAGAAUUUAACCUAUUGGCACUUGUUCUUGUGCAAGAAGAGAUAUUUUGAACAGAAGCAUUGCGGUCGUUGCGAAGUGAAUACUGUAUUUUGAAAUCUCCCUUUCAAACUCUGUAGUUUUGAGCGAAAUUAAAUUACAAUCAUGGAUCUUUCAUAGACAGAA